CCAUGGGUAUGAACAAUAGAGAUCAAUGAGACAUGCUGAAUGGGUGUAGACUCGUCUCUGCUAGGGGUGGAGGACGUGGGAGUGUCUGGAGGUGGUGGGGGUCUACCGAUGCUCCAGAGACACUGAGACUGUUGGAUAACUGUCAGGUUUGACAGCACGUUACCACGGUGAUACAUGGAGAUGAAACACAGGAGAACUAUGAGGCAACGCUAUGCUCUGAAACAUGGGAUACUCAAGGAGUUCCUGGCUGAGUUCCUGGGGACUUUUAUCUUGGUUUUGUUUGGCGUUGGGUCUGUUGCUCAGACGGUCCUGAGUCGUAAUACCAUGGGGGAGACGCUCACCAUCCACAUAGGCUUCUCUGUAGGACUGAUGAUGGCAGUGUACGUGGCCGGAGGAGUGUCAGGUGCCCAUGUGAACCCUGCUGUCUCCCUGGCCAUGGUGAUCCUGGGAAAACUCAAGUUCUAUAAGUUCCCCGUCUAUGUCGUCGCUCAGUUCCUCGGUGCUUUCUCUGGAGCUGCUGCAGUGUUUGGGCUUUAUUAUGAUGCUUUUAUGGACUUCACCAACGGAAUUUUAUCAGUGACUGGUAUUAAUGCCACCGGUCACAUCUUUGCCUCUUACCCUGCCAGGUCCCUGACCAUCCUCGGAGGCCUCAUAGACCAGGCAGUGGGAACAGGCAUGCUGGUGUUGUGUAUCCUGGCCAUCAUCGAUGGGAAGAACAUCGGCGCCCCUAGGGGCAUGGAGCCACUGUGCAUCGGCCUGGUCAUCAUGGCUAUCGGGGUGUCCAUGGGGCUGAACUGUGGGUACCCCCUCAACCCUGCCAGGGACCUGGGGCCACGGGUCUUCACUGCUGUAGCAGGCUGGGGCUGGGAGGUGUUCAGCACAUCAGACUACUGGUGGUGGGUCCCCGUGGCUGGGCCGAUGGUAGGGGGCGUAGUCGGGGCCCUGGUCUACUUCCUGUUCAUCGAGAUGCAUCACAAACAGCCGGAGAAACCCCACGAGGUGGAGGAGGAGGAUGAAGAGGAGGAGGAGGAAGAUCUGGAGGAGGACAGCAGUCUUAAGGACAAAUACGAGAUGAUACCCAUGAGUUAGAGAGUUACGGUUAGAGAGAUUCAUUCAGUUACAAGGACUAUAAAAUAAAACGUCUGUCUGGUUCACAUCAAUGUUACUGUAAAGUCAAAUCAGGAGAGAAAUGUCAUGUGGGGAGACAAACACACACACACACAACAUCACACACACACACACACACACACACACAUCACACAGACCAAGGACAGGCUUGAUCUCUGUGUGCUGUGGUUAAACCCUGUGGUAGAGGGAGUCGAAGAGUUAUAGCCUGUUAUUACAUGUCAUAGCCUUUAGUAACCAGACCGGUAUGCUACGUAUGAGUGACUGAUCACAGUAAGAGUUAUAGCCUGUUAUUACAUGUCAUAGCCUUCAGUAACCAGGCCGGUAUGCUUCGUAUGAGUGACUGAUCACAGUGCAAGGCCUUUUCGCUCAGUGCUGAUGGGCUCCCCCGAUAGUCAGUCUACAUGGAGAAACACUGUAGAACAGGUUAUUGUUACUUGUUAAUAGGUAAAGAUACAGAAUGGUUAGUUCAUAAUGAUCUGUUACUUGUAUCGAUCCACAACAACACUGGAAAAGUAAUAUUAUGUAUGUGAUAUUCCACCCCUUACGAUUCCAUUUGGACUACACCUCUUGUCAGUUUUCUGUAAAUGAGGUUCAUGCAGACAAUUAACCCAGCCCAUUUUGAUGUUCUUUUGUUGUUGUAGUAAUGUUUGCGUUGUAAUUGCAGAAGGUAUAGCUUCAACAUAGGCUUUAGAUUGCAAUUUUGACCAUACCACUUCAUACUCUGUGCAUUGAAAGAGACCGCGUGCGUAUCUAAGGAAACCCUGAGAAAUAACAAA